CGUGCCCUCCCCUGGGGGCGGGGAGAGACGCGCGGGCGAGGCGGAGACAGCAAGUAGAAGACGCCCAGGCCCGUCCCCUUUUCUGUGGAGUCUGAGCCUUCGCAGGUUUUGCUUCCCCGCCCUAGAACCGGAUCACCAUGGCGACUGGACAGAAGUUGAUGAGAGCGAUUCGAGUUUUUGAAUUUGGUGGACCAGAAGUGCUGAAACUCCAGUCGGAUAUUGCAGUACCAAUUCCAAAAGACCAUCAGGUUCUGAUCAAAGUCCACGCAUGUGGUGUAAAUCCAGUGGAAACGUAUAUUCGUUCUGGUACUUACAGCAGGAAACCACUCUUACCCUAUACUCCUGGGUCAGAUGUGGCUGGCGUAAUAGAAGCCGUUGGAGAUAAUGUAUCCACUUUCAAGAAAGGUGACAGAGUUUUCACUACCAGCACCAUCUCUGGGGGCUACGCCGAGUAUGCCCUCGCAGCAGAUCACAGUGUUUACACACUGCCAGAAAAACUGGACUUUCAGCAAGGAGCUGCCAUCGGCAUUCCAUAUUUUACUGCUUUUCGAGCUCUGCUCCACAGUGCCCGUGUGAAAGCUGGAGAAAGUGUGCUGGUUCAUGGGGCUAGCGGAGGAGUUGGACUAGCAGCAUGCCAAAUUGCCAGAGCUUAUGGCUUAAAGGUUUUGGGCACAGCUGGUACUGAAGAAGGACAAAACAUUGUUUUGCAAAAUGGAGCCCAUGAAGUGUUCAAUCACAGAGAACUCAAUUAUAUUGAUAAAAUUAAGAAAUCUGUUGGUGAAAAAGGAAUUGAUGUGAUCAUUGAAAUGUUAGCUAAUGUAAAUCUUAGUAAUGAUUUGAAUCUUCUGUCAUAUGGAGGACGAGUAAUAGUUGUUGGCAGCAGAGGUCCUAUUGAAAUAAACCCACGGGACACCAUGGCAAAGGAAUCUAGUAUAAUUGGAGUUGCUCUCUAUUCAUCAACUAAGGAGGAAUUUAGGCAAUUUGCAGCUGCCCUUCAAGCUGGAAUGGAAAUUGGUUGGUUGAGACCUGUAAUAGGUUCUCAGUAUUCACUGGAGAAAGUGGCCCAGGCUCACGAAAAUAUCAUCCACAACAGGGGGGCUAGGGGGAAAAUGAUUCUUCUUUUAGAAUGAUUAAUUCUUUCAUGUAUUUCCUAUGCAGUUAGAGGCUUCCUGUCCCAGUUUUACUUACACUACCUUUGCUCUAAUCAGCAUUCAUUUGAUUCAGUGAGUUUCUUAUAUUAAAAAACAAGAUUUGUCUUUAGAGAUGUGGGCAUUGGAGUACAAUUUAUUUUAUAGCUCACAGUAUUCUUUAUGCCUCCCACCUACCUCUAAUCAAGGAGUCAUCAUAGUAGGAAAUAGAAUGUCAGUAGUCAUUUGGCAUUGGGUGAGUUACAGAAAUUCCUGGUAUUUGAUCAUUAAUUCCAUACCUUUGACUAAAACAAGCUAAUUCAAAAUAAGGCUGUGUGAUUUCCAAGCCUACUUGUCCUUGUAAAGGUUCUUUAGUAUCUGAUUAGCUCAGAACUGUAUUGGACUCUGAAGAUUUUCUGGACUAAAUAAGACCCCUUUUCUAAGCUAAUCUCAUCUGGAUCUACAAGUCUCUUGCAAGGGCAAGAUAAACAAUGUCCAGAGAAAUUUGUUUUUUAACAAAUAGUUUUCCACUAUUUCCCCAAUAUUAGAACAUCCUCUGUGUUGAUGGUUGAUUACUCAUUAUCCAUAUAUUCUUUUUUUUUAAUUGUACGUUUAGUGCCACCUUUUUUUUUAAAUUUUAUUUUAUUAUGUUAUGUUAGUCACCAUACAUUACAUCAUUAGUUUUUGAUGUAAUGUUCCAUGAUUCACUGUUUGCGUAUAACACCCAGUGCUCCAUUCAGUACAUGCCCUCUUUAAUACCCAUCACCAGGCUAACCCAUUCCCUCACCCCCUCCCCUCUAGAACCCUCAGUUUGUUUCUCAGAGUCCAUAGUCUCUCAUGGUUCGUCUCGCCCUCUGAUUUCCCCACUUUCAUUAUCCGUAUAUUCUGUGAAGAGAGCAGCCUUAUUUUUGGUAUAAUAUGAUAGGUAGUACAUAGAUACUUCCUGAUGAUUUUCAAAAUAGAUUUAGAAUUAUCUGUGUGAUGGGAGUCCUAUGUUCUUAUUUAAAUUACUAAACAAAUUUGACACAUUAAGAGUGAUCUGCUUUUGUCUUUAUUACAUGAUAACCUGCAGUAAAUUCUGUAGAAAAAUAAAACCUGUGUUUAUCUAUUUGGUCUUUAUAUAGUACUUGCCUUACAUCUCUUUUACGUAGUUCCUAACGGUUAAUUUCUAACAGUGUUCUGUGCUGGAAGUCCUUAUCGAAACUAAAUAAAGGGAUGAUUACUUAGAAAUCUUGCCAUCAGUGUCAUGUGCAAGGAAAUGAAGUUUGAUUAUUUUUGUUCUUGUUUUUCUUUGUACGAGCAUAACCUCCUAAUAUAUGUACAAACACACACCUACAUACACACAUGUGUAUAUAAAGAGAUUUAAGGAAUUUUCUCAUAGUUAUGGGGGCUGAUAAGCCAAAUCAAUAGGGUGGGCCAGUAGGGUUUCUAUAUUGCAGAAUUCUUUCUCUGGGAAACUUCAGUUUUCAUUCUGAAGGCUUUCAACCCAUUGGGUGAGGCCCACCUUCAUUAUUGAGGAUAAUCUACCUGAAGUCACCAGGUGACUCUUUGUAAACACAUAAACAAAACAUGGUGAUAUUAUGUUGACACAUAAAAUCAGUCAUCACAAGAAGGUGACAUAGGGACACAGAUGAGGGGCACUUAGUAUAGCUUGGGAUUUCCAAUUACACAUUUAAUAUUUUUGAUGCAUUUGUUUGCUGCUUCCAUCCAGAGUAGCUUUGGCCAUGGGAAGUACAAAAUAACAUACAUACUUCUAAAGAGGGAAAAAAAAAGGGGGGGAUAACAUUUUAUAAUGUCCUUAGCUUAGCUUUACUGAGGCAAGAAAUUCUAUAUGUGCCAAGGGGUUCCACAAUUCACAGUGUAAAGAGCAUUUUUCUGUGCAAGAUAACGCUCAAGAAUAGCAAAACCUAUUGGGUAUCUUUGACCUGGCUCUCUCUGCCUCCUCAACUACAUCUCACAGACAGGAAGACACCUCAGCUCAAACCUUAAUUCUUUUUCCAACACUACCAUUAGCAUAGUGAUUUUUUAAAAAGUACAACAUUUGAAAAUUGUCAUAGGAUAAUUUUACUAAUCCAUAGGGCUUUAGGAAUAGCUUAUAUUUUGGGAACUUCCUACAUCCAAGAAAAGAGCCCAGAAAUGUUAUAUAAAAAGGAAUCUAGAUUCACUUUGGUCUAGAGUCAGACUGCUAGGUGUUGAUGGGGACAACCUUAAGAGUGAGUCUAAAUCCCAAACCCAGCGCCUGAUACAAAUGCUUGUCAAAUGUGUUAAACGUGCCAGAGGUUGGCAAUCCCUGGUUACCCUUUCCCAGCUUCAUGCAAAAAUACCUUCAAAGAUUGUAAUAGUACUACAAACUAAAGAGGAAACCCUGUGCCAAAAUCCACUGGGAAUUUAUAUUAACUCCAGUGCCCAUCAUUUGAUUCAUGGAUCCAAAUUAGCUGGAGAGAAGUUAAGAAAAAGCCCCAACUCAGUCACUAACUCAGGACACAGGAGCUACACCACCUUGAAAAUCAAAUCCUUGUUGCCCAGCCAUCAUCUGAGCUAGCUAGAAUUGAGAUCUGUGCCCACCCCUGCAGUAUUCCUCAGCCCCUUUCUUUCACCUGCAUGAUAGAAACUACAGAUUUCAUUUUUGGUACAACUGUGGAUUGAGGAGUGAGGGGCACUUUGCACCCCUGGAUAUACAGUCACCACAAAGAAGUCUUGCAAAUGGAUGGAGGGUGGAGGAUCCCUAGAUUGUAGCAAAUGCUGAGAGUGUAUAACACUUGUUCAAAGAACAUUUGUCUGACUGUAGCAAUUAUCUACACAGAGUAUCUAAGAAUUGGAGCAGAAGAUGCUCCUGCCUUAGUCCAGCAGGCACUGGAAUUGACACAGGUACUUAGGAGGCCACCUCAUUCAAGAUAUAGAUCUAAAAGGAACUAAACUGCCCUGUGAACAGGGAGGAGGCCCAAGGGCAUGUGGAAAUCUCGCAGGGUUGUUAAAAGCAUGGGUUAUGGAGGCAGAAGGCCUGGGUUUAAAUCCUGGCUCUCCUACUGACCAGCUGUAGAGUGCUGGGCAAAUCACCUAGUCAUCCAGAGUUUCAGUUUCCUCACACAUUACAUGGUAGUGAUAUCUACCUCAGCGAUUGUAGGAAGUAAGCAAGUUAAAGUCUGAAGUGCUUAGUGCUCUGGCUUGCACAAAGAAGUGUUUAAAUAAUUACUUUCAUUUUUAUUAGCCAUAAAGAAGGAAUAGAUUGAGAUAAAGAGAAGGAAUGAAAAGGUGCAUCCUGAAAUAUGAAAAAAAAAUAAAAGGAAACUCCAAAAGUAAAUUCCCAUAAGAGGAACUAAUCAGCAUAAUUGACACUACUGAAAACUUCAUAGGUCAUAUGGGUAAAUUUGAUCACUCAAAAAAAAAAAAAGAUGAGAAAAAAUUAAGAUAUAGCAAACAAAAGAAAGAAAAAUACGAUUUUUGAAUUUUGUGUGUGCCAGCCCAAAGAAAACAGAAAAAUGAAAGAAGUGAUAAUUAAAGAAAACUUUCCUGGGCGCCUGGGUGGCUCAGUCGUUGGGCGGCUGUCUUCAGCUCGGGUCAUGAUCCCAGGGUCCUGGGAUCGAGUCCCACAUCGGGCUCCCUGCUCCAAGAGAAGCCUGCUCUCCCUCUCCCACUCCUGCUGCUUGUGUUCCUACUCUCGCUGUCUCUGUCUCUGUCAGGUGAAUAAAUAAAAUCUUAAAAAAAAGAAAACUUUCCUGAACUAACCCAAAGAGCUAAGUUUAUUUACUGACAGUUUUCAUUAGGUCUAUGCAAAAUUAAUGAAAACUGCUAGUAAUAAGACAUAUCCUUUAAAAUUUUUAAAAGUCACACAGAUAUUGGAAGGGAGCAUACAGAAGAAUCAUUACUUGCAGUUAUGUUAUUCAAGACCUGGAGAAUGUAAGAGAACAAAUGGAAAGACUAAUGAGUUUAGAAAGUACUACUAAUACCAAUUUAAAAAGCAGUGAAAUAUAAGUGACCCAACUUACAAGAAACGUACAGGACCCUUAAAAAGAGAACUGCGAAACUCUUGGGGGACAAAAUGGAAUACUCAAAAGAUUUCUUGGUCAGGUUCAUGUACAGAUUUUUCCCUCAUACUCUGGAAAUUCAAAGUAAUUCAUACAAAAAUCUCAAUAGGACUUUUUAGAAACUUGAAAAAAAAUGUUUCUAAAGCCUUUUUUGUGGAAAAAAUGGGCAAGUAGCCAGACAAUUCAGAAAGGGGAGGGGAAAAAAAGGUUAGAAUGAGUCUCAGAAGAUACAAAAAUUUUUUUCCAAGGCAGAGUGACUAAAAUAUUAGUCCAAGAUCAGUGGAACAAAAGAGAGUCUAGAAAUGUUUCUCACUUUUGGGGUGAUAAGGAUGGCUUUUAAGUGGGGAAAAAAGUUAUUUAUUAAGAGAUCUGGCUACCCAUUUGGGAAAAAAAAUAAAGCUAGAAUCUUACUUCACAUAUAACAUCAAUAGACUUUGAGAUGGUUCAAAAUUUUAAAUAUAAUAAAAUUAUAUAAAACAAAAACAUGGUAGAAUAUUUUUUUAUAAUCUUGAGAGGCGAACAGCCCCUUAUGUCAUUACUCAGAAGCUCAAACUAUGAAAGAGCAAAAUAGAAAAAGUAGAAAAAGAUCUGUAGUAACAGAUAAAGAUUAAUAAUCUUAAAAAAAAAAAGAAUUCUUCAAAUUAAUUAGUAAAUGAUGAACACCCCACAAGAGACAUGGAAAUGAGUGGAUAAUCCAUGUAAGAAAAGAUGCAUACAGCCAGCAAACUUAGGGAAAGGGUUGUUCAUGCUUAUUAGUAAUACAAGAAAUGGGCACUCAUGGACUAUUGAUAGAAGUACACACUUCCUGGGGCGCCUGGGUGGCUCAGUCGUUAAGCGUCUGCCUUCGGCUCAGGUCAUGGUCCCGGGGUCCUGGGAUCGAGCCCCGCAUCGGGCUCCUUGCUCUGCGGGAAGCCUGCUCUCCCUCUCCCACUCCCCCUGCUUGUGUUCCUCCUCUCGCUGUAUCUCUCUCUGUCAAAUAAAUAAAAUCUUAAAAAAAAAAAAAAGUAUACACUUCCUUCUCUUCUGGAGAGCAGAUAGACAAUGUCUUUAAGUUUAAAAUGUGGAUUCCCCUUUGACCCAUUAAUUCCACUACAGAAAUUUAUCCUAAUGAGAUGGACAUGUCUGUAGAGGCAUAUGUCAAGAUUGCUUUCCCUGCAGCCUAGCUAAUCAUAGUAAAAUAUUUGGAAAUAACCCAGAUUUUCAUCAAGUGAUUAAAAAGCUGAUAUAUUUGUACAGCGCAAUAGGAUGUAGCUAUUAGAAUAUCAUGUAGAUAUAUAGCUACUAACAUGGGAAGAUGUUCAGGGCACAGUAUUAAGAAUAUUAAGUUUAAAAGGCAGAUACAAAAUAUGUGUAAUUCUACUUCUAUUUCAUUGUGUUUACCUAUGUAUUUCAAGAGAUGCCUGUUAAAUCAAGAGGUUUUGAUUUAGUAGUAGAGUUAUAAAGAUUUCCCCCCCAACACUUUUAGUUUUUCAACAUUUUCAAGUAUUUUUUACAAAAGUUUUUUCUAGGAAAUCAGCAGCAAAAUAUUAUUUAAAAGAAAUGCUUCCUUCAAAUAAUAAAUAUUAAUAUCUAAAGAGUUUAAUAUCAAAAAUCAAAAUAAAUGACUUACUAAGUUUCAGAGUAUAUAUAUAUAUAUCUAUCUAUCUUAUCUUGAAUCUUCUGUAAUUGUAUGUCUGCAUAUUCAGAACUAGUUUUUACCUGUGUUGGUAAUUUAUGAUUUAUUCUUACAACAUGCUCUGUAAAAAAUUAUGGCAGUGUAUGUAUUCAAUUUGUACUAAGUGGAUCGUAAUGAUUUAUUUACUUUAUUCUUGCUUUUGAAAUAUUAAAUUGUCCUCAGAAAAUACUCCUUUGUUUUAAAGGGAUAAAGUAUUCUUCAGAUGAUGGGAACUAUCUGAUAUUGGGAAAACUCUGUAUGUACAUUUCUAGUAAUGAACUCCAAGAUUUAACUUAUGGUUAAUAAAAAACCCAAGAUGAACUUGGGCUUAUCAGUUUGUCUUGGAUGUUUAUUUUGAUUGCAGCAUCACAUCUGAAAUCCAAUUGUAAGCAUCACUUGUAAUCAAAGCACUGUUAGUAGGUGUGACAAAUGCAUUUUAACAAAAUUAUACCCAUGUUUUAUUUGGUGAAAUAUUAUUUUGCUUAGGAAUUAACACUGUAAUUCUGUUUCACAGUUUAUCCAUGUAAUUUGGGUUUUUACAUAUCUUGCAGUUUCUUUUAUCCUAAAGUAGGUUUGAGUUUAUUAGCUGGUUUCACAUAGUCUUGUUUAUAGACUUAUCACUAUAGCUUCUAAGUGCUUCUCAGAUUAUGUUCCUUUUUUUUAUGUCUAUCAAACUACAUUUCCACAUAAACGAAAACUCUUAAGUUGCUAGAAUUCUUCGCCUCUUUAUCGUCAGCCCACUGGUUAUCUAAAUGAAGAGCACUGUUUUCCAGUUUUGUUCCACCCGGUGGUAGGCAAUUUAUCUGGAAUUUUUAUUUCACCAUGAAGAAAACACUAAGCUAUUUAUACUUACACAUUUAUUUGCAUCCUUUUGUCUUCAUCUGCUAUUUCAUUGGAAGUGAUGACCAUCCUGCUUAUUAAGCAUUAAUUUAUCUUUUCCCUGGAUCGCUUUGCUCUGGCCUCUUCAUGAACUUUGCUCUAUCAAGUAUUCCCUGAAUCCUGUAGCUUCAUCAUGUCCCUACACAUAGAAACACCUCAAAUUCUUUCCUAUCCUGACUUCUAGAACAACAUUGUCCUGAUACCCCUGCCCCCUUCUUAGUUUCCUAUGUAGACAUCUCUUCUUCCACUCACCUUUUAAAUGUUGGCAUGCUUUACUUUUGGAUUUUUUUCUCUAUACAUUACUCUUGACUGGUAUCAGACCCCAGACAUCAGUAUAUCCUUUGUACACUCAAACCUUUAUCUCAGGCCUGUUCUAAGGCCCAUGUAGGGACCAUCCACUGGACAGUGCUUGGAUAUUGUUCCACAAACUUCUGAGAAUCAGUAUGUCCAGAAUUGAAUUCUUCCCUAGCUCCGUGAAUGACGACAGCUUGCACCUGGCUACCCAAGUCCAGCAGCCAUUUUCAGUUCUUCCCUCUCCCUUAUCCCCAGUACUGCAUCCUGUCGGCCACUGACUUGAAUGGCAUCUCAUCUUUGUACCACAGAACCUGACUCAGUGUCCGUGCCUGGGUCUCAGCCCUCAUUACUUCCGGCUUGGCUCUCCAUCCUGGCAUUCUCACUGGCUGCUCGCUCUUUAUUCUUGCCCUACUUUGAAUCCAUUGGCCACACAGUACCAGAGUGAUCUCUGUGAAAUGUCUGAUUAAAA